CCGAUAAUAUAACCCUGAACGACGAUCCACCUCCACUACGAUGUCCAUUGUUUACAUUGAGUCAACUGGACAUAAACAACAAUGUUAGGCAUAUUGGACAUGUUUAUGUUAAUUUUGACUGUGCUGUAAUUUUCUCGGAAAAUAUACAACUCAUUAAAACCAUCAUGUGGGGUGAAUUUGAAGAUGAGAGCAGAGACCAACCAGCUUCAACAACUCCUAAAACACUCCUCAAAUCAGAGGAAGCUUUACCCGCCUCUGAGGACUUCAAUCAAGAGGAUGUUCCAGAUGAGAGCCUUUCCUUAAAGGACAGAAUCAUACAUCACUUGGCUGCUAGUAAAGUGGUGCUCAAGAGUCAGCAGAGAUAUGAACCAGAUUUUACCUAUGAAGAGAGAAAAAAUAUUGCUGAAACAAUGCUAGAUGAAAAGCCAGGGCAGUUCUUGUAUCGCUUUGGAAAGUUUCUCCGGAGAGAGCACCUCACCUACUUUUUGAAGUAUGAAGGAAACCCAGAGAUAGAUCAUUACCUUACAGAAACCAUGAAGAAUUUGAAUAAACACACAUCAAAAAUUACCGUCAAGAACAGACGAUAUGGGGCAAUGCAGAGACUGCGUAAGUCAGGAGAUUACUUUAGUGAGAAGGAAAUGGAGCGACGUAAUCCUUUGCUUUAUGAUCACUUGAUUGGCAAGCAUUUGACAGAAGAGGAAAGAAAAGAAAAAUACACAGUAGAGAAAUAUGAAGCCAGUUUUUCUUCUGUGCUUCUCCAUCAUAUUGAUGCCCGAGACAAAAAAGACUUCAAGAAACGGC